UACCCCGCAUCUCCAGUAUCAGAAUUUAUUUUUCCCGCUCAAUCAGUUUCGCAUUCCUUUCCCUCCUUUUCGUUCCCCAACUUGUCAAGAUUUAGAUUAGGGUUUUGCAACUAAACCCAGCGGAGUGGCUAUCAAACCAACCAAUGGAGGUCGCCCAAAUUGCUCGGCUGCUGAACGACACGAUCAGUCCCGAUGUCAACGUCGUUCGUGCGGCGACAGAAGCUCUCGAUCGCCUCUCUCUCCUCCCUCACUUCCCUUUCUCCAUCCUCUCCAUUGCCGCUGGAGGUGAAAAUCAAGGUCAAAGAGUUGCUGCUGCUACAUACCUUAAGAACUUUACUAGGCGAAAUAUUAAUGGUGACAGUCCAAAUUCAAAAGUCAGUAAGGAGUUCAAGGAUCAUCUGCUGCGAACUUUACUUAUAGUGGAACCUGCAGUUCUAAAAGCAUUGGUUGAAGUGUUUCGGAUCAUUGUUGUUACUGAGUUUGUUGAGCAGAAUUGUUGGCCUGAACUUGUGCCUGAUCUGCGGUCUGCUAUUUGGAAUAGCAAUCUUAUCAACAAUGGUGCAAAUUGUGAUUGGCAUACCAUUAAUGCCCUUACAGUUCUUCAUGCCCUUAUCAGACCUUUCCAGUACUUUCUAAAUCCUAAAGUUGCUAAGGAGCCAGUGCCACAUCAGCUAGAGCUAAUUGCAAAAGAAAAUCUUGUACCUGUUUUAUCUGUAUUUCAUCAAUUCCUCGAAAAGCAGGCUUUUUAUUCUCAUUGUAAGAUAAAACUUGAGGAGGAGAAGAUGCUUCUCAUGAUAUGCAAAUGCAUAUAUUUCACUGUGAGGUCACAUAUGCCAUCUGCAUUGAUUCCUUCUUUACCUUCAAUCUGCCGGGAUUUGAUUGGGCUUCUUGAUUCUUUGAAUUUUGAUCGUGUUAAUGGGGAAGAUGGGCACUUGCUGAGAUUGAAGACAGGAAAGAGAAGCUUGCUUGUAUUUUGUGCCCUAGUUACCCGACACCGGAAAUAUUCUGACAAGUCCAUGCCAGACAUCAUAAAAUGUGUUCUGAAGAUUGUAAAAUACAGCUCGAAUAUCAGCAAGCUAGAUUUCCUGUCAGAGAGUAUUAUUUCAUUAGCUUUUGAUGUAAUUUCCCAUGUUCUGGAGACAGGCCCGGGAUGGAGAUUGGUUUCACCCCAUUUUUCAUUUUUGUUGGAUUCUGCAAUUUUCCCAGCAUUAAUCCUGAAUGAGAAGGAUAUCUCAGAGUGGGAAGAAGAUACGGAAGAGUAUAUACGAAAAAAUCUUCCAUCUGAACUGGAAGAAAUUUCUGGAUGGAGGGAGGAUCUUUUCACAGCCAGAAAAAGUGCAAUAAAUUUACUUGGUGUUAUAUCAAUGUCAAAGGGCCCAUAUAUGGCAUCCUCUCGCAAUGGUCGUGCUGCAUCUACUAAGCGUAAGAAGGGUGAAAAGAACAAGAGAGACAAUCAGCAGUCUUCUAUAGGGGAGUUGUUGGUUCUUCCGUUUCUGUCUAAAUUUCCAAUUCCUUCUGAUGCAUCCAAUGCAAGAAUUUUAAAUGAUUAUUUUGGGGUUCUAAUGGCAUAUGGAGGCCUGCAAGAUUUUCUAAAGGAGCAAAAACCUGGACACAUAUCUGUUCUGGUUCGCACUCGACUGCUACCACUAUAUACAGUGUCAGUAACUCCUCACUUGGUUGCUGCUGCAAAUUGGGUUCUUGGGGAGCUAGCUUCCUGUCUUCCGCAAGAGAUGAGUGCAGAUAUAUAUUCCUCAUUGCUCAAGGCACUAGCGAUGCCAGAUAACGAGGAUACCUCUUGUCAUCCUGUGCGAGUUACUGCAGCUGGGGCAAUUGUAGAGCUUCUUGAUAAUGAAUAUCCACCACCUGAGUGGUUACCGCUUCUUCAAAUUGUGAUUAGUAGGAUAAAUAUUGAAGAGGAAGAGACUUCGGUUUUGUUUCAGCUUCUAAGUUCUGUGGUAGAGGUCAGCGAUGAAAAUAUGGCAGAUCAUAUCCCAUACAUGGUUUCAUUAAUAGUGGGAGCACUGUUGAAAUAUAUGCAUCCUAGCCUGGAGUCUUGGCCUCAAGUGGUUGAGAGGGGCUUUUCAUCAUUAGCUGUAAUGGCUCAAUCUUGGCAGAACUUCUUGCCUGAAGAGAUUGAGGAAAUUGAAUCAAGUGAAAAGUGGGCAUCUGGCCAAGCUACCAUUGGCAAAGCUUUGUCAGCACUGUUGCAUCAAACUUGGCUUACACCCAUGCAUCCAACAGAUCAAGGUCAAGUUUCUCCUACUCCGACGUGCAUGGAUGAUUCUUCAACACUGCUGCGAUCCAUUAUACUAUCUGUUACUGGAAGUGAUGUAAUUCCACAGCUUAAGCUAUCAGAGUUGUUAUUAGUUUGGGCCGAUCUGAUUGCCGACUGGCAUGCAUGGGAAGAAUCUGAAGAUUUGUCUGUCUUUGACUGCAUUAAGGAAGCAGUUAACCUAGACAGAAAGUACGGACUGGAGAAUUUUAUAAUCAGAAAGAUGCCCUCACCUCCUGCACCGCCUGUGCCACAACGAGCAAUCAUUGAAGGCAUUAGUGCUUUUGUCAGCGAGGCUGUUUUACAAUAUCCAUCUGCGACAUGGAGGGCAUGCUCAUGCGUCCAUGUGUUACUGCAUGUCCCAUGUUACUCAACUGAAACUGAAGGUGUGAAGCAGUCAUUGGCAAUUGCUUUUAGCCAGGCUGCAUUUUCUCAUUUCAAAGAAAUUCAAAGCAAGCCUUGUUCACUUUGGAUGCCUUUGUUGCUUGUUAUAUCAUCAUGCUAUUUAUGUUAUCCUGAUACCGUGGAAGGGAUUUUAGAGAAGGAUGUGAAUGGAGGCUUCACAAUUUGGGCAUCUGCACUUGCUUUUACCUGUACUGCCUCUUUUGAACCUGGUGUGGGUGCAAAGUCGGAGAUAAAAUUAACAGUAUUAACGCUGGCCAAGAUAGUUGAGCGGCUUUUCGGCCAAGAUCAUUUAGGCAGCAGUCUGUUAAGAGACUGCUUUAAUGCAUUGAUGGAAGCAUCGGUACGGCUGAAAGAAUUGCAGGAAGAUGCAGAUGAUGAAGAUGAUAAUGUAGAAGCUGAAGAUGAUGAUGGAGAAGAUGAUGAUGACGACUAUGAUGAUGAGGAUUCUGAGGAGGAUGAACGUGAAGAAACUGAAGAAGAAUUUCUAGAAAGAUAUGCAGAAGCAGCAAAAGCUUUGGAAAAUGGCAUGGUUGUUGAAGAGGGGGAUGUGGAAGAUCAAGAGCAUGAUAUUGAAUUGGGUACUUUGGAAGAAGUGGACGAGAAGAGAGUUAUAUGUUCGUUGAUAGAGAGAUUCAAUCAUUAUUUUAUACGAGGGCAGGGAUUCUCGCCGCAGGUCAUCUCAAGUUUCGUCUCUGCCUUUCCUGAGUGUAAUCGUUUCUUCCAACAAUAGAGACGCUUCUUUAUAAGAUCUAAACUGGUGAAGGAAGAAGAAUUUAUGCAA